GGCGCUGCCCUUUCCGCGCCGCCGGUCGAGCCGGUUCUGGGCCGGGACCGGCGUUUGGCCCGGGGAUCCUUCGCCGCCGGAGCGUCCCCAAGGUGUCCAGAGUGAACAUGGAGCUCGAAGAGCUGUCCCCGGCCCUUCUGCAGCCACAGGUCACGGUGGUGGCCACCCUGGGCGAGCUGCUGGCCACCGUGCCCAGGCGGAACGAGGAGACGCUGCUCAAGUCUCUAAGGUGCCUGUACUGGGACCUGGAGGACUUCACCACGAAGCUCUGGGCCACCGUGAAGUGCAUGGAUGACACCUGGUGGCGCCGCAAUGUAACCUCCGAUAACAAAGAACCUCCCGCCUCCCUGAGCCAGGCCCUGGCCGCCUACAGGAGCACCCCCUGGACCCCCUGGUUCCAUGUGACAAUGGAGGCCUGGCACUGGCAGGGGACAGUGGAUAAGCGCGUGGACAGCUGGGCUCAGCUGGCCAGGAAGGCCACCAAGCUCUGCAACGUCUGCAGGGAGGUGGUCACUGAGCCGCCCGGCAGGGCAGCCACCGCCAGCGCCCGGGCCAGGGAGCUGCAGGACGAGGCUGCCCGUGAUGGGACAGCUCAGGAAAACAUGGUGGAGCUGGGUCAGGCCCUUGGCAGGGAGAAGAGAGCCGAGGUGGUGGCCGAACAUGAAGCCUGGAUGUGGAUAGAUGUCAUGGUGGCUGCCAGCCGGGCAACCAGGGCCACCAUGGUGAGACAGCGGGUGGAGACGGCCCUGGGGCUGCUGGAGCGCUUGGUGGAUGCGUGUGACGAAGCCACCACGUUCCUCCAGGAGCUGCAGCGCAGGGUUGGGGACAUCAAGGCCGCCCUGGAGGGGACAAAUGAGGAGUCCCCCAAUGUCCCUGAGGAUUUGGUGACCAAGGUGGCUGUGGCCGAGCGGCUGUGGGAGGCCAACGGCCGCCUGGCCAAGGAUCACCUGCUGGGGACACUUCAAGGCAUCAUCGACUUCUUGUUCAACGGUGGUCGCACCAGCCCCUGCGAGGUGGCCGAGCGGUGCCAAAGAGCCAUCGAGGACAUCCCAAGGCUCCUUCGACCCCCAGACCGUCCCCAAGGUGUCCCCAAGGUGUCCCCAGUGAGCAUGGAGCUCCAAGAGAUGUCCCCAGGUCUGCUGCAGCCACAGGCCACCAUGGUGGCCACCCUGGGCGAGCUGGUGGCCAUCACGGCCAGGAAGGAUGGGGAUGUGCUGCUGCCCAUGUGCCAACCAUCCCUGCGCGAGGCCCUGAAGAAGUUCACCAAUAACCUCAGUGUCACCGUGCAUGACACUGGUAACAUCUUCUGGCACCGCGAUGUCACCUCUGGGUGCGAUAGCGCUGUCCCCUCCCUGAGCCAGGCCCUGGCAGCCUACGCGAGCACCUCAUGGACCACCUGGGAGCACGUGCGAAGCGUGGCCAGCACGUGGCAGGAGUCAGCGGCCACGCUGGACGACAGCUGGGCCCAGCUGACCAGGGAGGUCACCAAGCUCUGGGACGCCUGCAGGCACGUGGCCCUCAGCAGCUGCAGUGUUGUGGCCAUGGAAGAAGUCUUGAAAAAGGCCAUAAAAGAGGCCAUGGUGGGGGCCAUAAGAGAGGCCUUGGGAGGUGUCAUAGACUAUGAGGUAGGAGAGGGUGUGGGAGGAACCGUGGUGGCCGAAGACCCGGUGAGGCAGCAGGCGAAGGUGGCCCUGGGGCUGCUGAGGUGCCUGGUGACCGCGUGUAGGGAAAUCACCGCGUUCUAUCGGGAGCUGCGGCGCAGGGUUGGGGAGAUCGUAGGCACCAUGAAGGGGGCAGAGGAGCCGUCCCAUGAUUUCCACGCUGCCUUGGCAGCCAAGGUGGCUGUGGCCGAGCUGCUGUGGGUGGCCAGCAGCCAAGUGGCCAGGGAUUACCUGGUGGGGGCACUUGAGAACAUCUGCACCAUCUUCAGGUGUGGUGAUCCCAGUGGCUCCAUUGCCUGAGUGGUGGUUAAGUGAUGCCAAAGAGCCACCAAGGACAUCCCAAGUCUGCUGCAGGGAUGGCGAUGUCACCAAUGUGAUGUCAUCAGGGCAGUGACGUCAUCGGGGACAUGGCUGGCAUCACCUGUCCUUUCCCCCCUCCCCUUGUGGGAUUUGAGACAAAUUUGGGGAAUUUUCUAGGAAUUUUCAUUGAAAUUGCCCCAAAUCCUGAUGGGAAUUUUUGGGGUAAUGUCACUGGGGACACUCAGGGACAGACAGGGACACUCAGGGGACAGGGGACAGGGCUAAAUGAGUCCCCUCAAGAGCUUCCAGCUUUCCACUGUGUCUGCAGCAGAGAUGGGUUACAAAUGACAAGUUAAUAACUGGCUUUUGCACUUUUGUAUUGCCUUUUGCACUUUUGUAUUGCCGUUUGCACUUUGUUACUAAUCACCAGCAAUCUGAUACGGUAUUUGAUACUGAUAUUGAUUAUUGAUGAUUCCUUGUAGCUGCUCGUUGGUGCAAUAUAAUCUAUCAGUUUAUGUGUGCACCGUACAGCCAAUAAGUAAAUAAAUAAAU